CGCUACAAUAGUAGAGGUAGGUACUAUAGGUAGGCCAUACUUACUGUUUGCGGCUUUUCCUUGUGAUUUUCAGGAUUUCCCUUCGUCGAAUUUUGUAUUUUUAUAUAUUUCAGCAAUAACAUAUAACUAAAUACAUGUGAUUUUAUAAAGAUGCCACUAACAGCGCGACAAAGAAGUAUACACAAUAAAAACGGAGCUAAAAGAAGUGCAAGUUUCAGUAAAGGAAAACGAAAAGCUAGCGAAGGAGAAUUUCUAGUAACAAAUGCACCAUCAGAUCUGCGAAGCAUCACCUAUCCUGGCGGAGCCAUAGCACUGACAUUGCUUGUAGCAGCUCGGCUACUGUCUGCUUACUACGGGCAUAUAUCUGACUGUGACGAGACUUAUAAUUAUUGGGAGCCUUUGCAUUAUUUAGUAUACGGCAAUGGAUUACAAACGUGGGAAUAUAGUCCCGUGUACGCGAUUCGCUCCUACAUGCCUCUCUGGCUAUUCGCCGUGCCGGCCAAGAUGCUCGCCUGUCUCGUGAGCCCUGUGUCCGUGUUCUAUGCUCUACGAGGACUGUUGGCUGUUCUGACUGCAUGCGCCGAACUCAUGUUUUAUAAAGCGGUGUGUCACGAGUUCGGCGUACACGUGGGCCGUGUGUGGUUGUGUCUCACGUUGCCCUCAGCCGGGGCGUUCGCAUCGAGUGCAGCAAUGUUACCUUCAGCGUGGAGUAACGCCCUUUGCUCUGGGGCGCUGGCGUGUUGGUGGCGACGGCGAUAUCCACAAGCUGUAUUACUAACUGCAGCCACCACUUUACUUAGUUGGCCAUUUACAGCUCUCAUUGGUUUACCGAUCGCCAUAGACAUGCUUGUCCUCAAACGUCAUAUCGUGGACUUCUUUAAAUGGUCUAUCUUGUCUUUGUUCCUGAUAUUAAUCCCAACUGUGGCCGUGGACUCGUGGCACUAUGGCAGAUUGGUCAUAGCUCCUUGGAAUAUAGUAUCAUAUAAUAUAUUGACCAAUCACGGACCAAAUUUGUAUGGAGUUGAGCCGUGGACAUUUUACUUUGUGAAUGGAUUUCUUAAUUUCAAUAUUGUUUGGGUGCUAGCGUUGUCGUGCCCCGUGCUGCUGCUGGCGUGCGCGUGCGCGUGCGCGUGCGCGCGCGCGGGCGCGGCGCGGUGGAGCGCGCCGUACUGGCUGGACCUCAUGCCGCUGGCUCUGUGGCUGGCGGUGUUCAUGGCACAGCCGCACAAGGAGGAGAGGUUCCUCUACCCGAUCUACAAUAUGAUUGUCCUAGUUGGCGCUAUAGCUAUCGACUGCCUUCAGAAGAUGACGUUUGCAGUUGGAACGGAACUGUUUAGAUGGAGGAAAGAGAGGGAACGACGGCACUAUCUCGCUUACACCGGCCCUCUGAUGGUCAUGUGUAUUAUGUUGGCCGGCGCUUUAAGCAUAUCCCGCAUCACCGCUCUAUACAACAACUACCACGGACCGAUGCACCUCCUCCGCGCCAUACCAACUGACACCACUGGUACCGAAACUGGGACCGCCGCUGGUACCGGCACGGUCUGCUUCGGCAAGGAGUGGUACCGGUCCCCGUCGCAGUUCCACACGAGUUACGAUAUAAGGUUCAUUGAGAGCGAAUUCGAUGGACAGUUGCCAGCGCCGUUUGCUGAUACUAGUAAUGCCACACGCAUCAUCCACCCAUACUUCAACGACCAAAACAAAGGCGACAAUCGAACCUACGUACCCCCGUCUCAAUGCCACUACCUCGUCGACUCCGACCUAGGUACCCCGAGUACCAAACAACCUCACUACCACAAAGAUGGUAAAUGGGAAGUAGUAGCCACCGUUCCUAUUCUUGACGCGGAAAAAUCGAAUAGGAUAUAUCGUGCCUUUUACAUACCAAUAUUGUCCAGUCAAAAUAAAUAUGGUAAUCUAUAUUUGUUGAAAAACAAAUUGAUUUGAUCGAUUGAAAUGUUUCAAUGUUUGUGUUGUUAUUAGACAAAGAUGUUUGUAAAAACGAAGACAGACUGUUUAUGAUCUGUCAAGCUUUUGUAUAUUAUUUAAUAAAAAUAAAUAAAUAUAUUAGGACAAAUCACACAGAUUGAGCCAGCCCCAAAGUAAGUUCGCGACUUGUGUUAUGGGAUACUAACUCAACGAUAAUAUAUAUUUUAUAACAAAUACAUAUAUAGAUAAACAUCCAAGACCCGGGCCAAUCAGAAUAAAUAUCAUUUUCCAUUAUGACCCGACCGGGGAUCGAACCCGGGACCUCUCGGUCCAGUGGCAAGAACUUUACCACUGCGCCACCGCGACAAGAAAGGUGACUUCAGUUUCAGUGUAAUAGUGGACCUUUUUAACGAAGAAGUAGGAAAGCGGACCCUGGGCUCCGACGUUAAAUGGCUGAGGAAGAAGCAUGAGGAAAGUAAAAAAAAAAAAAAACACAGAUAAUUUUUUACACUGAUGUUAGUUUUAAUCAAGUUUUCAGACCACAAGAUCACUGGCUGCAAUUCUAAAUAUUUUGGAGGUACUAUUUCUUCACUGACUUGUCACCCAUCCAAUCACCGACCAUUGCGAAAGUUGCUUAACCGCCACCAUCGCAGGUCGAGCGCAUAUUGCCAUAUCGAGCUCAUCAAUGGCAAUACUUGUACAAACUAUCGACCAAAUAUCAGACUUAAUUAUAUAAGCAAUAAACCUAUUUACAUAACAAUGUAUGUAAAGAACGCAAUGUUAACCUAAAGUGAAUUUUAUUAUCAACAUGUUAGAGUAAAUUUUAGUUUGCUUUUAAGUUCUGAAAUCUGAAGCAAUAUUAAUUAUAUACCAAAAAUGAUGGUAUUUAUCGAGUCACCGCCCGAACAAUCUUUUUUGUAUAUAGAGUAACUUGAAAAACAUGAAUAACCAUUUGAUAGUUCUUAUUCUCACGCAAUAAGGACUACAGUUACAAACUAAAUCUAUUCUCAACAAUUCUUCUUGCGUGUUAUUGUCACAAUAAAAUAUUAUUUUUUCAUACUUUUAACUUUAUUUUUACAAUAUUUACAAAAUAGGUUCAAAUCAAUUUAUUUUUAAUAUUAAUGAUUUGCAGGUUAAUCUAAAAUCGUUUAUCGAUGAGUACACUACAAAAUCAACUGAUAUUUCAGUGUAAAAGUUACCAUAAGUAUGAUUUUAAAUACAUUUUUAUUUUUUUUAAUCAACAUUGUAUGUAAAUAAUAUAAUAAUUAUUAAUUGUGUAGUAUCUCGAUAUCUGUAAUUUUUUCACGGUUUUUUAUAGUAUUGUAUAAAAAUAUGUUACACGUGAGAUGCGAAUAAGCAAAAUUAAUAUGUUCGAAUUAAUUUAUAGAAAAAAAAAACACACACACUUUGAACCACAGGCCUUUGCCCAGCAGUGGGACACAAAUAUAGACUAGAAAAAAAUAGAGGGCCGGUUCUCUAUUAGGUUGUUUGAAUGGAGAUUCUAGUGAAACAUUACGUUGUAUACAAAUACAAUGUUUUUACCCUUUGCGGGGUAGACAGGGCCAUGUGUUGCCCAGCAUCUUAUAAAAUAAUAUGGCAAUAUUACACUCGUAUUUUAAUAUAGCACAAAUAUAAAGACGAAAAAGUAAAAUGCAAUAUUGAACUAAUCAAUGGUAAGCGAAUUAGUAAUAUAGUAUGUAAAAUAUAGUUUGACCCCUGUGACAGCAGGAUGAACCGUUAGGUUCGAAAUGUGAGCGACAGAGACAGAUGUAUCAUACUUAUUCAUACUAUUUGUCACCUGUCACAGAGAUCAUCUUAACGAUGGUUGUAACUUUUGUAAAUAGUGAGUUUUUAAUUUAAAGUUCACAUCCACUAAUAUAACAAUUUUCAUUUGUUUGCGCAAUUACUAUUAUAAAAAUUACCUCGUAUUUUCUAAAAUAAUGUAAAUUAAGAGAAUGUAUUCACGAUUUUAUUAGUAGAUGUGAAACUUUCUUUUCAUACUUAAUACUAAAUGUGUUUGCAUUUUUAUAAAUGAUACGUAUUUAAGGACUCGAUGUGAAUGUGUUAUUGUAAUCUAAAUUGUUUUAUUUUUAAUUUAUUUUCAUAUUAAAUUAAUUUUGUCUAUAGAACUGUUUGAUUUACGUCCUAUUUAGAUAGUAUAGCAUAUUCACCCUUAUUGCUUUAUACAUAUAGUUUAUUUUUUACUGUACAUGAUUAGGUUUGCUGUGAUGAUACUGAGGUUCCUAAAUAAAUAUAUAUGAUAAAUUGUU